GGCGUAUUACGGUAGACCAAACUGUCCCCUAACAUCGCCAACACAAGACACAAGCGGAGUAAUUCAACACUGAUUUCUCUGCGAAUGAGCGAGGAACAGACGAGAUGCCAAAAACUCCAGCGAGAAGCAUUAUUGGGACUUUAGGAAAACUCACCGUGUGAUAACAGAGAGAAAGAGGGAAGACCUGAAGCGACGGGGAGGCGUAAAGAGCCGCGUGCUUGUUCUUCAUGAACUUUGAGGAGCGCUGUGACCAUGCAGCCUUUGAGCUAGUGCACGAUUAUUGUUUCCACUUAUCACCCUACUGAGUGACCAGUCUGAGAGAGGACGCCAGUAAAAAAGGAAAAGAAGACUAAUAAAGACAGUUGUCGUUGAAAGUAAUGGUCUGAAGACAUCACUCAUAGAACAGGAUUUUUUUUUUCUUUUUGCGUUGCUCUUCUGAAGCUUUCUGGAAUCGCUGGGACAUUCACGAGAGCUGGAGCGACACAUCCACAUGGUCCAGCCGUAGAGUGAAAGUAGAGUUCUUCACAAUAUCCUAACAGGUGCCACGUGAUGAUGGUAGAAUCAGCAACUGAGACCAUUCGAACUACACCCUCCAGUCAAAAUGGAGUCAGCAGCCUAAGCAGCCAGUCAGAUGGCGGAGGAAGAGAAGGCGGGUCCAACUGUGACACCAAUGGGGAGAUCAGCCCUGUGGAUUUACUGCACCUUCAACAGCAGCAGGCCCUCCAGGCAGCACGCCAGUUCAUCCUCCAGCAGGCCACAGGACUCAACUCCCCCAGCAGCAACGAGCUCAAACAGAGCCCUGUGCAGGUGCCCGUAUCCAUGGCAAUGAUGACCCCACAGAUGAUAACUCCUCAGCAGAUGCAGCAGAUCCUCUCUCCGCCUCAGCUCCAAGCUUUACUCCAACAGCAACAAGCCCUUAUGCUGCAACAGCUGCAGGAGUACUACAAGAAGCAACAGGAGCAGUUGCACCUCCAGCUCCUUACCCAGCAACAGCAAGCAGGGAAGCAGGCCAAAGAGGAGAUAAGGCCCAUCUCUCAUUGGGGGAACAUCAAAAAGCGUGUUGCUGGAAACAGUGAUUUGACUCAGGCCGGUUCAGGAAGGAGGAUAUUUAUCACCACGACACCAACUGACCUUAUCGGAUAUAUAGAAAACCAGCAGCAGCAGUUGGGGAAUAAACAGCUGGCUUUCCAACAGCAGUUGAUCCAGAUGCAACAACUACAGCAGCAACACAUUCUUAAUCUACAAAGACAGGGCCUGGUGAACCUACAACCGGGCCAAGGAGCAGUACCCAUUCAGAGCCUGCAGCAAGCCAUGUGUCCCACUGACCUGCAGCAGCUGUGGAAGGACGUGGCCAGUGUUCAGAGCACAGAGGAGGCCAUGAAACACGAGGGUCUCGAUCUGACCACCAACAGCUCCAACACUACCUCAUACUCGGCCUCCAAGGUCUCACCUCAGAUCCCCCAUCAUCCUUUGCCAAAUGGACAGAACUCUGUGCACACUCCAAAGAGAGACAGAGCAAGACUCUUUGAGUGGAUCUCGUCCUUCACCAAGGAGUCCAGUGAUGAGCAUCUCAUGCCUUAUUCCAAAGGCGCUCACCUGCAGAGCACUCACUCGACCCAUGAGGAACACACGGCCUCCCACCCGCUCUUCGGACACGGCGAGUGCAAGUGGCCCGGCUGCGAAGCGCUCUGCGAGGACAUGGGCCAGUUCAUCAAGCACCUGAACAGUGAACACGCCCUGGAUGAUCGCAGUACGGCCCAGUGCAGGGUCCAGAUGCAGGUCGUUCAACAGCUGGAGAUACAGCUGGCCAAAGAGAGUGAGCGUUUGCAGGCCAUGAUGACCCACCUGCAUAUGCGUCCAUCAGAGCCAAAGCCUUUCAACCAACCUCUGAACCUGGCCUCUAGCAUGUCGCUGUCAAAAAGAGAAAGUGAGGGGUUUCCUGAGGGCUUGCCUCAUCCCCCCACCUCUGCCGCAACUCCCAUCACCCCCAUGAGGCAGGGACCCUCCGUCAUCAGCUCAUCCAGCCUGCACGGAGUCGGACCCAUCCGUCGGCGCAACUCCGACAAGUUCUGCACCCCCAUCGCUUCGGAACUUGCACAGAAUUGUGAAUUCUACAAAAACGCUGACGUCAGGCCUCCAUUCACCUACGCCUCGCUCAUACGACACGCCAUUCUGGAAGCCCCUGACCGACAGCUGACUCUAAACGAGAUCUAUAACUGGUUUACACGAAUGUUCGCCUAUUUCAGGAGAAACACAGCAACAUGGAAGAAUGCUGUGCGCCAUAACCUGAGUCUGCACAAGUGCUUUGUGCGGGUCGAGAACGUCAAGGGUGCCGUUUGGACCGUGGACGAAGUGGAAUACCAAAAGAGGAGACCACCAAAGAUGACCGGAAGUCCCACUCUUGUGAAGAAUAUGAUUUCUGGGCUGGGAUUUGGCUCCCUUAAUGCCAGCUAUCAGGCUGCACUCGCAGAGAGCAGUCUUGGUCUUCUGAACAGCUCCACCCUGAUGAACAGCACAGGUGCGAGUCUCAACAUGCUGCACGUCGGCCACGAUGAUGUCAGCAGCACUGUUGAACAAGUCAACAGUAACGGUAGCUGCAGCCCGGGCCUCUCUCCGCAGCAAUAUGGACAUCAAAUCCAUGUGAAAGAGGAGCCAGCUGAGAUGGAGGAGGACUGCAGACCCGUGUCUCUCAUGGCAGCUGUCAAUCAAAACCUGAGCAUGCCUGGUGACGAGCGUGACAUGGAGGAGGAGCUUCCCACAGAGGAGCUGGAGUAAGAGGAAGCGUUGACGGAGGCGGAGCUCACCGGCCCGACCACUCCCUCAAAUUCAAGAUGUUCAAGAUCAAGUGAGAAAACAAAGAUACAAAACCAACUACAACUUCAAAAACCAAAACAGGGUUAGACCUCAUCUGUUCACAAUGCAAAAA